UCAGCGCUCCGUCUAUAAAUACCGCUGGAACUCGGUGUUCCGACAAAGCGCUUACAGCGACGUUAGACUUCAUGUGAUUCCUCGCUCACAGGGUGAGAAACCCGGACUUUCUGCUGAGGGUAGCCCCCUUAGAACCGAAUGAAGAAACAAAUCUUACUACUUUUCACAUACCGAGGACUAGUAAGAAAAGGGAAGAAGAGUAAAAGAAGAAAAUGGCCAAUUUUAUAUUACGGAAAGCCGAGCCCAAGGACGUGUCUGACAUACUGCGACUCAUAAAGGAACUUGCAAAGUUUGAGGAAAUGGAGGAGCAGGUCGUCCUGACCGAGAAAGAGCUGCUCGAGGACGGCUUCGGAGAUCAUCCGUUUUAUCACUGCGUCGUCGCUGAAGUACCGAAAGAUAAACAGUCCAUUGAAGGUUAUACAGUAGUUGGCUUUGCUAUGUACUACUUCACCUAUGACCCUUGGAUUGGGAAGCUGCUUUAUCUGGAGGACUUCUAUGUGAUGAAGGAGUUCAGAGGUAUGAAGGUCACACUCAUGAAGAUUGGAGAUGAGAAAUACAAGUGGAAAAGGGAAAACAUGUACACAAAUGUAUACAGUUCCAAAAUGGCUAUGGUGCAGCAGUCACUUGGGGUGAAGACGGCAGUGAAGGCUCGAUGCAGCGGCAUGCACUUCAUCGUGGCCGAGUGGAACACGUCAUCCAUCGAGUUCUACAAGCGGCGCGGAGCGUCCGAUCUCUCGCACGAGGAGGGAUGGCGUCUGUACGAGAUUGACAAGCGCAACCUGCUCAAGAUGACAUCCAAGUAGACGCCAGUGCAGGAGGAAAUGCUCAAAUAGAGGAGGAUUAUGAGCACAACUAUUGUUGUCUGCUUUGUUGAUUACACAUGCAAUGUAUUGUUCAAUAAAUAAAGCUUCUACUUUGA